GGGUGGAGGCGCUGUAAGGAGAAACCCUGACGAUCAUAUGUCGCACAUACAGUAGCUUUCACAUCCACAGGCCUCUGCUGAUCGAUUAUACAUUUGCUGCCAAAGAUGGUUCGAACACAUUUUGGACCCCCACGCUUGAAGCCCAGAGCUUAUGAAGAUGGUCAUGGACACAGUGAGGAAAAUUACAACUCCAGGAAUCGGAGAGAUGUACAGGGCUAUUCAUUUAAGGAUCCCGUGAACUGGAGAGAAUCCAGAGGUAGAGGACGAGGACGAGGACGAGGACGACCACCUGUUGCCAGAAGAGUUCCUCAUAUGGGAGAGCAAAGGGAGUCGCGUUUCAAUCACUGGAGGUCUCAUAGUCGGGAUUACUUCCAAGAAUACCCCUCUAAAAUGGAACCACACCAUAACCAGCGGAGACAGUCUCCAUUCAGGCCAAACCGUCCACAAAUCCCACAUCGUUCAUCCCCUCAUAGUCCAGCACAAGGACACCAGAGAACCUUUCAUGGCCCCCCCUCAGGUCAUAGGUCACCUUCACCAAGACAUUUUCAUAACCACUCAGUUGACAGGAGACCAGGCUCUGCACCAACCUACCGGGGAUCAUUCAGGGGCCCAAAGAGGCAGUCAGCAUUUCCUCAUGACGAGCAGCGGAAUCGAGACCCUCACCCAAGAGAAAGACCCCACGAACACUCUGGUCACGGCGUAAAGCGCUGGAACGAGCCUGGAUCCUUCUCUCAUCCACACAAUGGAGAGCAACGGCCUUCUGGGUCACAGAGGAGCCCCAGAGAGAUGUAUGGGAGAGGCUCGUGUGCAGAGAGGUGGUCAUCUGAACAAGACUCCAGGCGGCAGCGUGGACCUCUGGAGAGGCAGGGCAGCAGAUCCCACAGUAGGGAGAGGGCACAAGAAACCCCUCACCUGCCCCCUUACAGACCCCCCUCAUGGAAAGGAGCUCCAUCACCUUCCUACCACAGAACUCCUCAGGAGAGGCCAGUGGCGGCACCUCGGAAGAGAAGGAUAUCCCACAUCAGCAUGCCCUCAUCAGACCCUGCUGAGCAGCAGAACAUUGCAAAGCACCCCAGAAGAGACGCAUCUGGACUGCUAAAUAUUCCCAGGCCAUUUGGUGGUAAACCCUGGUCUACAAGUGAUAAAAGUUACCUGAUUAAGAGACGACAAAUCAGAGCAGAGUCUCUCAUGAGGAUCAAAAUACCUCCACCUGUGAAACGCAGGCCUCGUCAGGGUGACAUGGUUGCACGGGCAAACAUCAGCACUGUUCUUGCCAUGAGGAAGAAACGUUUCCAACAAAAGGCAUUUCCUCUGAAAAAGAGUGAACCAAGAAGAGCACAACAGCAGUCCCAGCAGCCCCCCCCCAGAGAGGAAGACAAUGCCAGCAAGUCUUCCAGAGACACUGGCACAGGAAAAGAACAGGUGGAGUCUCGCCGGUCCUUGAAGACACACAGAUCUUCUCCUAUUGAGAACCGUGAUCUUGUUGUUUUGUCCCACUGGGACUCGUCAUCCUCCAAAGACUGCUCUCCUCCCAGUGCUCCCAGAGCUCCCAGGGCUCCCAGCCCCAAGGCCAAGGCUGACUGCUGUUCAAAUAGUGACACUCCACCAAAAAAGCAACUUCAAAAAUCCAUUGAGUCCAGAUCCCCUGAAGGCAGAAAACGAGGAUACUUGGACCGGAGGGUGUUCAGACCUUUUAAUAUGAUGCAUGAUGGCAACAGAUCUGGCAGACCAUUCAGGAGACCAGGACCCAUGCCAAGGCCAUCGUAUUCUGGUGAGCCCAGGAAGACGGGCCUGGACCUGCAGGGGAACGUUAGAAGACCACUCAUGGAGACUUUAGUUCCACGUCCUUUUCCAACUCAUAAGCCAGUGUUCAGAAAAAGCUACAAUAUCGUGUCCAAGUACCGGAACAUGAGAGUGAUGCGUCAGCGUGCCCCUCACACCCGGGGACCCCCCCAGCAGCGCUGGUGAUCACCGCACAGGCUGCAGAUUGUGGGGGAAAAAAAGAAGAAAACUGUCAUCCAGAUCUUCUAUCUUCUGCCGCCGCCCCCCCUCCCGUCCAAACGUCUUUACCGGCCUCCACCUGCCUCUGGACCCGGAAGUGCUUACAUUUUGUCACUGGUAUAAGUGUUUCAUUUGCAUCAUGAAGUAGUGCUUUACUUUGUUUUAGGAUAUUUGUAAUAUACACUAUUCUGUCCUGGGUUUUGUUGGUUUUAUGAUUUGGGAGAUGCUGCUUAACAAGAGGAAUUCUCUGUUUUAAUCAUAGUGCAUUUUUGUUGUUUACAUCCAAAAAUCAAAUUUUUACUUUGAUAUCUGGCCUUGACAACUUGUAAAUGUAAACAUACAUUGUGUUUGCCACUUUAAAUAAAAUCAGAUUUAACACAGUCUGAGCAGUUUCUU